AUGAGCGGUCUAUUGGCACCUGUGCUUAAACUUAGUGAGCUCGUCAAUUCAUUUAAUGACGAGUACGUUUCUACACCCUAUGAGGAACUCAAACAAAUGACUAUUUUGCAAAGACUAUCGCGUUACAAUUGGACUUUUGAAAUUGGUGGUAUCCUUGUGAUUGCAAUUGUAUUUGCACUUUACAAACUAGGACUUUAUUAUAAUACCCGAAUGACUGAUGGGUUGUUCACACAAUUGAACGAUUAUUUUAAGAACGAUCAACAAUUUGCCCGUGUAGGAUUUGCCAAUAAGGACGGAUCUAAACUGCAGUAUUUGGAUGAACAACAAAAGACUUGGUUUACCACCUUUGCGACUGGACGUUCGGCUGUUGAAAGUAUUUGUGUUAGGGCCCACCUGUAUGGACGUAGUAACCCUGCAGCCAUGUUGAUGGAAAGACUACUAGGAACUUUUUUCCCCAGUAUGACUGUUAAAGAUCUGGAUGAAUAUUGUGAGAUUGUCGUGAAGCCCAAUGGUAUCUAUGUCGCUAAUGAGACUGCCAAACCUAAUGCUAAUGUCUCUGAUAUUUUAAACAAUUUUAAAUUUGUCACCUCAGUGGUCCAUAAAUCAUCAAUGAAUGAAGUUCGUCGUGAUAAUUAUUACUUGUCAUUGACACGCACCACUGAAUCCGCCAAGUUACCUGUGGAAUAUGUUUACAUGUCAGAAAUGAAUCAAUUGAAUGAAUUUAUUUCACAUUACGCACCCAAUUUCUUUCAAGUUCUUAGAGAAGCUUCUUCGAUCUUACACUGUAUCAGUUUUACCGAUUUACCUACAGAAAAACCAUUGACUGAAAAAAAAUGGAAUGCCAAUCUCUUACCUCGUGCCGUUAUUCGUACUUCGAUCCCAUCUAAUAAAGCUCAAUUUAAAGCACUAAAGGAUGUGAUAGGUUCAGUUAUUGCAGUAUAUGACAAUUUUACAAAGGAUUUGGUUCAAAAGAAUCCACACGUUUUCAUCACCAAUGAUUUGUUAAAGAAGACUUCACAAUUGCGUUCACAAGAAUUGGCUAAAAUCGUUAAGACCAUGAAGCAAGUGGAAAGAGAAAUGGCAUUAGAGAAGAAGCACGAAGCUGAAAAGGAGCAAAGACGUCUGUUGAAGCAAUCUGGUGAUGCUGAGAAAUUUGAUCAAAAGAAGAGGGACAGAAGAGAAAGACGUGCAAAGAAUAAGCAAAAAGUGAGGAUGUAG